CACCCACACACACCCUCUGCCCCUCUCUCCCGUUUGGGCAUUAUAUAAAGCUCAGCCCAGACUCAGUGGUCUUCAGUCUGAGAAGUAUACAGACAACGAACAUCCACCAUGAACAGCCUGAUAUUUGCCUCUUUGCUGCUUUACGCAGCAUCUCAAACUGGUGAAUGCAUCACUGGAGGAAACGAGGCUGCUGCGCACUCUCGUCCAUACAUGGCUUCAAUUCAAUGGAAUGGAAAACAUGAGUGCGGUGGCUUUCUGAUCUCCAAACAGUGGGUCAUGAGUGCAGCGCACUGCUUUCAGGAUGGGAGGACAUCCGGUUUUAAGGUUGUGUUGGGUGCUCACUCGCUGUCUGUUGCCGAGGACACUAAACAAACCUUUGAAACCACUGCAGUCUACAACCAUCCUGAUUUCAGUAUCAGCAACUAUGACAAUGACAUUGCUCUGCUCAAGCUGAAUAAGCCAGUCACUGAAAGCGAUGCAGUGAAACUAGUGAAAUUUGGGCGUGAAAAACUGUCUAACCCAUUGGAGUCUGAUACCGUGGAAACAGCUGGGUGGGGCUCAUUGAACAACCUGGGAGGACGUCCAGACAAAUUGCAAGAGCUCAGUAUCACAGUCAUGAAGCGAAUACUCUGUGGUCGUGGUGACUACUAUGGAGUGAAGUUCACAAACAACAUGCUCUGUGCUGCAGACAGAAAAAAGGACACCUGUGAUGGUGACUCCGGAGGUCCUCUCUUAUACAACGGCAUUGCUGUGGGAAUAACCUCUAAUGGAGGGAAGAAAUGUGGCUCCAGCAAAAAGCCUGGACUCUACACAAUCAUCUCCCACUACACAAAGUGGAUCGACAGUACAAUCACCAAGUAAAAAAAGAAAAGUUAAAAAGCUUAAAAGCUUAAAAUCUUUUUCAAGCUGCAGAAUCCUUUGCAUAAUCUUUUUUCAUUCACAGUAUACAUGUAUUGCUCUUUUUUACAUUAAUAAAAACUUUUUUACAUCUA